AUGGGGCUGAACAUGACCGAGAUGUUCACCCCUAGCAAGGCUCCAUUCUACGGUAUUCUCCCAGGGAACGCGGCUACACCACUCAGUUCGAUGGUCCUGCCAGUUACCUUUAGGACCAAAGACAACUACCGCACGGAGUACAUAAAGUUUGAGGUGGCCGACUUCGAGUCGUCAUACCACGCCAUCCUCGGCAGACUAGUUCUAGCCAAGUUCAUGGCCGUACCUCACUAUGUCUAUUUGCUACUCAAGAUGCAUAGCAAGACAGGGGUACUCACAUUCCGUGGUGACUUGAAGAAGUCGUAUGACUACGACCAAGAGAUGAUCAAGUACGCCCUGACAUCACGCAUGCUAGAACCUUCUGUAGAAGCCUUUGCGGCUGCACAGAAGCUCGCCGACACAGAGAUGGAGGUCUCCAAUCAGAGGCCUAGCCAGUCCAGGGUAAAACCCAACCCCAGCAACAUCGGCAUCAAGGCCAUCCAGCUAUCAAAAGGUGACCCAUCAAAGAUAGCUUUGAUCAGAGGCGGUUUGAGUGACAAAAAGGAAAGCGCGCUCAUUAGUAUUCUUAGGGCCAAUCGUGACAUAUUUGUGUGA